ACAGAGAGAGAGAGAGAGCAGUGUGGGGGAAGAACGAGGGGAUCGAUUUGCUUUUGCUUUCACUUUGGACUCUCAGCAGCUGACUCACCGAGUAUCUGUCCACACACACACACACACACACGAGCAAAAAAUUAGCUGAAAGGACAGAAAAGCCCACUCUGAACCUUCUACAUGGCUUUCAAAUACCCGGAAGCACGACGAGAUGAGAGUAAGGUGGAGGAUUAUCAUGGUGUGAAGGUCCCUGAUCCGUACUGGUGGCUGGAGGACCCUGAUAGUGAUGAGACCAAGGUGUUUGUAGAGGAGCAGAAUAAACUGACCAUGCCGUUCCUGGAUCAGUGUGAGGUCCGAGAGCAGUUUCAUCAACGCCUCAAAGAACUGUACAACUACCCCAAAUACAGCUGCCCCUAUAGGAGAGGAGACCGGUAUUUUUACUUCCAUAACGAGGGACUGCAGAAUCAGAACGUGUUGUACGUCCAGGACUCUCUGGACAGUCUGGCUUCUGUCUUCUUCGAUCCUAACACACUGUCUGAGGAUGGAACUGUUGCUCUCAAGAUGGGCCGUCUGUCAGAGGAGUGUGAGUAUUUUGCGUACGGUCUGAGCAGCGCCGGUUCUGAUUGGGUGACGGUGAGGUUUAUGAAGGCUGAUGAUCUCACUCAGCUUCCUGAUGUCCUGGAGAGAGUGAAGUUCAGCUGCCUCGCCUGGAGCCAUGACGCCAAGGGCAUCUUUUACAACUGCUACCCCCUGCAGCACGGCAAGGCCGACGGCACGGAGACGACCACCAACCUGAACCAGAAACUCUACUACCAUGUGAUCGGCACCAGCCAGUCAGAGGAUGUGUUGGUGGCGGAGUUCCCAGAGCAUCCGAAAUGGCACAGCAGCGUCACUAUCUCAGAUGAUGGACGUUAUGCCGUGUUGUCCAUCACUGAAGGUUGUGAGCCUGUAAACCAGUUGUGGUACUGCGACUUACACCAGCUUCCUAACGGCAUCUCAGGUUUGUUGCCGUGGGUGAAGCUGGUGGAAACGUUCGAGGCGCAGUAUUCCUACGUGACCAACGAGGGCACCGUGUUCACGUUCCGCACGAACCUGGACGCUCCGCGGUACCGUGUCAUCAACAUCGACCUGCAGAAGCCUGAGAGGGAGAACUGGAGCACGCUGAUCCCUCAACACCACAAAGAUGUCCUGGGGUUUGUGGAAUGCGUCAAUCAGAACUUCCUGCUUGUGAAUUACGUCCGUGAUGUGAAGGACACGCUCCAGCUGUACGAACUCUCGACCGGACACUGGAUUCGUGAGCUGCCGUUAGACGUGGGCACGGUGGCGGGGCUCAGCUCCAAGAAGAAAUACGCCGACAUCUUCUACAAGUUCACCUCCUUCACCACACCCGGAAUCAUCUAUCACUAUGACGUGAGCAAACCGGACGCAGAGCCCACAGUGUUCAGACAGGUGGAGGUGAAGGGCGUGCAGGUCUCUGAUUAUCAGACCAGCCAGGUUUUCUAUCCUAGUAAAGACGGCACAAAGAUCCCGAUGUUCCUGGUUCACACUCGCAGUUUACAGAAGGACGGCUCACACCCCGUGUUUCUGUACGGAUACGGAGGCUUCGAGAACGCCAUUCAACCUUUCUACAAUACAGCAAACCUGCUGUUCAUCAGACACCUGGGUGGGAUUCUUGCCGUGGCCAACAUCCGAGGAGGAGGAGAAUACGGUCAGACGUGGCACAAAGCGGGAACCUUGGCCAGUAAGCAGAACUGUUUCGAUGACUUUCAGUGUGCGGCUGAGUUUCUGAUCCAGCAGGGCUUCACCACGGCGAGUCGCAUCGCCAUCAACGGAGCCUCUAACGGGGGACUGCUCGUGGCUGCGUGUGUGAACCAGCGUCCAGAUCUGUUUGGCUGCGCCGUGGCUGAGGUCGGCGUCAUGGACAUGCUCAAGUUUCACAAGUUCACCAUCGGUCACGCCUGGACCACCGACUACGGCUGUGCAGACGACCCCGAGCAGUUCAAAUGGCUCAUCAAAUACUCACCUCUCCAUAACCUCCCGUCUGUGGAUUGUGAGGCUCCGCCCUUCCCAGCCAUCCUGCUGCUGACGGCGGAUCAUGAUGACCGUGUGGUUCCUCUGCACACACUAAAGUAUGCGGCAACGCUGCAGCACGGCGUGGGCUGGAGAGCCAAUCAGAAACAACCGCUCCUGCUCCGAGUGGACACGCGCAGCGGACACGGAGCUGGGAAACCCACCACCAAGGCCAUCCUGGAGGACACCCACAUCUUCUCCUUCAUAGCUCAGACACUCGGCCUUCACUGGAGAGAGUGAGAGAGAGGGGGGGAGAGCGAGGGGGAAGAG